AUGUCACAAACUUCUAUUAAACCUGCAACUAAAGCUGAAUUUGAAGAAUUUGUUAAAAUGUGUACUACUUCAGAUAAGUGGAAUGAAGUUAUGAAAACUGAUAAAAUUCAAGAAUGGAUGAUUGAUGGUGGAAGUGAUACAUUAAUUCUUAGACUAACUUCAAUUGACUUUGUAGGAAUUACUCCAGAAACUGUAUUUGAUACAUUGGUUGAUCCUGACUAUCGUGGUAACUGGGAUAGUAAUUUACUUAAAAGAGAAACCUUUGAAACAUUAAAUGAAUCUAAUGUAUUAAUUUAUUACCAAUUUAAGAUGCCAGUAGUUUCUAAUAGAGAUUAUGUCUUUAGACAAUCAACACGCAAAGUAGGAGAUGAUUAUAUUUUAUAUAAUUUCUCUGUUGUUCAUGACAAAUUCCCUCCAAAUCCUAAAUUUGUAAGAGCUUCAUUCUCUAUGAGUGGAUAUUAUAUUCAGAAAACUGAAAAUGGGUCUAAAGUUACUUGUAUUGCUAAUAAUAAUUGUGGAGGCUCUCUUCCUUCUUUCCUUGUCAAUUCUCAAGCUAAAAAUGUUCUUCCAAAAACCAUGGAUUCAAUUAAAGUUGCUGCAACAAAAUAUAACUCCUGGAAAGAAAAACAUAAUCCUGAUGUAAAGCCAUGGAGAAAUAUUGUUGAACCUACAGAAUAA